GUGAUGUUGUUCCACAACCCGGAAGUGAGAGGGGCGGGGCUUCGUGGACCGACCGUUGUGGUGGAUUGAACUCCAACAACCAUCCACCAUGACGGCCAUCAAGCACGCCCUCCAGCGAGACAUCUUCACACCCAACGAUGAGCGUCUACUGGGCAUUGUCAAUGUUUGCAAGGCGGGGAAGAAAAAGAAGAACUGCUUUUUGUGUGCCACAGUCACCACCGAGCGGCCCGUGCAGGUCAAAGUGGUCAAGGUGAAGAAAUCCGACAAAGGAGACUUUUACAAACGACAGCUGACGUGGGAACUUCGCGAUUUGACCGAAGUGGACGCCAAAGAUGCAAGCAAGGAAAACCCCGAGUUCGACCUUCACUUUGAGAAGGUCUACCGCUGGGUAGCCAGCAGCACGGCCGAGAAGAACUCGUUCAUCUCGUGCAUAUGGAAGCUGAACCAACGCUACCUGAGGAAGAAGGUGGAGUUUGUCAAUGUCAGUUCUCAGCUGCUUGAAGAACUUCCUAAAGCGGAAGAGUCGGUGCCCAGCGGCGAGAGCCAGAGUGUCGCCGGCGGCGACGAGGACGCUUUGGAUGACUACCAGGAGCUAAGCACCCGCGAGGAGACGGACAUCGAGGGCAUGAUGGAGGUGUGCGAGUACGCCAUCUCCAACGCCGAGGCCUUUGCUGAGCGGCUCUCCAGGGAGCUGCAGGUCCUCGACGGGGCCAACAUCCAGUCCAUCAUGGCGUCGGAGAAGCAGGUCAACAUCCUGAUGCAGCUGCUGGACGAGGCGCUGGGCGAGGUGGACACCAUCGAGGGCAAGCUGAGCAGCUACGAAGAGAUGCUGCAGAGCGUCAAGGACCAGAUGGACCAGAUCUCGCAGAGCAACCGACUCAUCCAAAUCAGCAACACCAACAACGGGAAGCUGCUGGAUGAGAUCCAGUUCCUCGUGCACAACAUGGACCUGUCCAAGGGCCACAUCAGAGCCCUGCGAGACGGCGACCUAAGUUCUCCAAAAGGCAUCGAGGCUUGCAUCAAUGGCACCGAAGCCCUUUUGCAAUGCAUGAACGUGGCCUUCCUGCCCGGUCACGACAAGCUGAUGGCUGUGAAGCAGCAGCAGGACCUCUUCACCGAGCUGAGGGACACGUUCGCGCGCCGCCUCACCAAUCAUCUCAACAACGUCUUUGUGCACCAGUUCAACCACUUCAGUCACUUCAAAAUGACCAUCCCUCACUUCUAUAGGUCCUCCUGUUUGUCACUUCCAGGCCACGACCAGACUUCCACCCUGUCCCAGCACACUAUGGAGCUGACCCUGCCCAAACACAGCCCCCUCCAUCGGGACCUGCUGCGCUACGCCAAGCUCAUGGAGUGGCUGAAGAUCACUCACCGGGAGAAGUACGAGGGUCUGUCCAGGACCUACGUGGACUACAUGAGCCGACUGUACGAACGAGAAAUCAAAGACUUCUUUGAGAUCGCAAAGAUCAAGAUGGCGGGAACGAGCAAGGAGGCCAAGGGCAAGUUUGCCACGCUUCCGCGGAAAGAGAGCGCGCUCAGACAGGAGACGGAAAGCCUUCACGGCAGCUCGGGAAAGCUGACGGGCUCCACUUCCAGCCUGAACAAGCUGAGCGUGCAGGGCUCCAACAGCCGGCGCUCGCAGUCGUCCUCGCUACUGGACAUGGGCAACAUGUCGGCCUCCGACCUGGACGUGGCCGACCGCACCAAGUUCGAUAAGAUAUUCGAGCAGGUCCUCAGUGAGCUGGAGCCUCUCUGCCUCGCCGAGCAAGACUUCAUCAGCAAGUUCUUCAAGCUGCAGCAGAACUCGAGCGUCCCGCCUCCCCUGGCGCAGCAAGAGGCCAGGGAGUCGGAUGGCAGCGCGCAAUCAAGAAUGCCUCCCCAGGCGGAACACAGACACUCCUUGUCAUCAGACAAAGACAUGGUCCGGCUGAUGAUGAAUAAAGUCUUCCAGAGCAUCGAGACGGAGCUCAACAGCCUCAUCGCUCUAGGCGACAAGAUCGACAGCUUCCACUCGCUGUACAUGCUGGUGAAGAUGAGCCACCACGUGUGGACGGCGGAAAACGUCGACCCGGCGUCUUUUCUCAGCACCACGCUGGGAAACGUGCUGGUCACAGUCAAGAGAAACUUUGACAAAUGCAUUUCCGGCCAGAUCAGACAGAUGGAGGAAGUGAAAAUUUCCAAGAAGAGCAAAGUUGGCAUCCUACCUUUCGUCACGGGCUUUGAAGAGUUUGCCGAGUUGGCCGAGACCAUCUUCCGAAACGCGGAACGUCGCGGGGACCUGGACAAAGCUUACGUCAAGCUCAUCAGGGCCGUCUUCAUGAACGUGGAAAAAGUGGCCAACGAGAGCCAGAAGACGCCGCGGGACGUGGUGAUGAUGGAGAACUUCCACCACAUCUUCUCCACGCUGUCUCGGCUGAAGAUCUCCUGCCUGGAUACCGAGAGGCGCGAGGCCAAGCACAAAUACACAGACCACCUGCAGUCCUACGUUAUCAACUCUCUGGGACAACCUCUGGAAAAGCUCAACCAUUUCUUCGAAGGCGUGGAAGCCCGCGUGGCCCAAGGGAUCCGCGAGGAGGAGGUGAGCUAUCAGCUGGCCUUUAACAAGCAGGAGCUCCGCAAGGUCAUCAAAGAGUACCCCGGAAAAGAGGUCAAGAAGGGACUGGAUAACCUCUACAAGAAGGUGGACAAACACUUGUGCGAAGAAGAAAGCCUGCUACAGGUGGUUUGGCACUCCACGCAAGACGAGUUCAUCCGGCAGUAUAAACACUUUGAAGACUUGAUCGGCAGAUGUUACCCCGGUUCUGGAAUCACCAUGGAGUUUACCAUCCAGGACAUGCUGGAGUAUUUCUCCAGCAUUGCUCAGUCCCAUUAGACCUGCUGACGGUGACUCACUACUGACACACUCUGGAUAAACAUGCAAAAAAUGUGUUGAUUCAUCCAGCCCGGAGGUGAACUUUAGAACUGCAAGGCGAAUGUGCUAACUAUAAGGUUACUACGCUGACCUUCACUUUAUUCUUUCAAUUUAUUUCUUUGCUCCAUGCUCUUAAUAAAAUUGUAGUCAUCAAAUUAUCUUUCUUUUUUUGUUGUUUUUUUAAAAUCCAAUAACCUGACAAAAAAUAUUUUCCUUUCAAAUAAAUGAAAUGCAUCAUA